GCAGCGCCUCCCUCCUCCAGCAGUGAGAACGAACUGCGCAUGUGCGUGACUGAGCUCUAUCGGAAGCAAAGUCGGGCUUAUCGAGGGGAGAAAACGAAAAUAAAAAGACAUGUCAGGCUUCCUGGACGGGAUCCGGUGCGGAGACUGCGAGUGCAAUGUGGACUGGGGAGAGAGAAGAAACACCAUUGCAUCUGUGGCUGCUGGAGUUCUGUUCUUCACUGGUUGGUGGAUCAUCAUCGAUGCCGCAGUGAAGUAUCCUGAUGAUGGCCUGUUUCAUCACGCCUAUCACACCUGUGGGGUCAUCGCGACAGUGGCCUUUCUCAUGAUAAAUGCUGUUUCAAAUGGCCAAGUGAGAGGAGACAGCUACAGUGAAGGCUGCAUUGGACAGACAGGCGCUCGAGUGUGGCUCUUCAUCGGCUUCAUGCUGGCUUUUGGCUCCCUCAUUGCCUCUAUGUGGAUUCUGUUUGGAGGAUUCGUAGUGCCUCAAAAGCCUGUCGUGUACCCUGGCAUUGCCAUUUUCUUCCAAAAUGCAUUCAUUUUCUUCGGGGGAUUGGUGUUCAAGUUUGGACGUACGGAGGAUCUGUGGCAGUAACGGACUGUCGUCAUGUCCACUGUUUGUACACUCUGCUUUCUAUAUUGUAUGAAACAAGAUGCUUUAGUGGUUAUUCACUUUAUAUAAACACCUUUUUUAGCUUUCAAAUUAACAUGUUUAAUUUAUAUUGUUUGCUGUAUAAUGGCUAGAUCAUAACUAAGCACAAGUUUUCAUAGUUUCCUCAAAAGUUUUGAAUAUUUUCAAAUGUGGCACAUCAUAUUUUAAUGUGUCUAUUUGCACUCAGACUCUGUAGCCAUGUUAUAAUCGUUUAAAACGUAUGUAUAACAAAACGUAUUUUGGAAGCUUUACGUCUCUGAACUGUCCACUUUUUCUUUGGGUGUAUUUACUUUUAUAGCAUCCUUCAAUUUGAACAGUCUUUUAAAUGGAAACAGCAUAAAUUAUUAUGGUACAAAAUAUCAUUGAGGGCAAUAUUUCAUAAUACUGUACACAUUUACUGAAAGUAACCAUAUAGGGUUGUUUGUGUGUUUCCUAAGAUAACAAUAUGUCAGCUCUGACCCUUUGCAGUCAUCCAGAUUUAUUGUUGACGGCUAAUUAGCUAACACUGCUGACAUGAUGUAAACAAAGGUUUGACAAUUGUAGCUUGUUAUAAAUGUACUGGAAUAUUUGUUUUUCACUGCAACCCAUCUGCUUGUGUAACAUCCAAACCAUGAGGUCAGUUUCUGACGACCAUGGCAGCAUUAAACAGAGACAUACCUGGCAGAAAAU